AAUGAUCAUAUCAUUGGAAUCUAGCUACUUUAUAAAAGCAAACAUCUUCCAGUCAUUAUUAUUUCUGCGAUAAGGUAACUGUAAAUCUCAGGAUUAUGGCAGUGAUAAACGUGAUACGAAUCUUUGUUUGCGCACUAUACAUAGUACCAUUGUGUAACGCCAACGUAUUAAGAGAAUAUGAAUCCAAACGACACAUGGAAAUUAUACGGCCAAUUGAAAUUGACUAUUCAUGUAAAGUGGAUGGUACUUGCACCGUUGAACCAAGUGAAGGUGUGUUUAUAGAAGGAGUUUGUGCUGCAACGUGUACAAAUGAUACCUACGAAGUUUACGACUCUAUGGGAAGAAAAGCGUGUGGAGAUGACACUUGCAGAUGCUGUGUUGAACGAAAAGAGAUAACCAAGCGUCGACCUCAUGAUUUAACGUGUGAUAAUAUCUUUAAUACACCCUGUGUGGAUCGACAUGGCUACUGUCAAGACUGGAGUAUACGACCAAGCUGCGAUACUGGUCAUAUUAUUGGUCCGUAUAGUGAUGCUUUAUGUCUUACAACAAAAUGCAGAUGCUGCAAAGAAACUACUCCUGCUGUUUUACAUGUGUCUGGCUUCAAACCUAUACAAGGUGUUGUGUUUUUGGAUCCCCACUUUAACACAUUUGAUGGCAGAAAGUUUGACUACAAAGGCCAGAGUGGUUGCUCGUAUAUCCUUUUUCAAGAAUGUUCUCAUUAUCCGUCGUUUAUUGUGGUAAUACAUCUCGGACAUCACAAAAUGGACGAAUCAAUACAUGUUGAACAUGUUACUGUACAUGCUGAUGGAAAGGCAAUUACAUUAGUACGUGGGAAUGACAUAUAUAUGAAUGGUAAACUUUUGGACAAACCACUUCCUUUGGUAUCUGGCGACCUAACUAUACACAAAUAUACUGAACACGUGAAAGUUGAUUUAGAAUCAAAGUUUUCAUUGUUUUGGGAUGGUAAAGGACGUGUUGCACCAAAACUUGAUCCAUCUGUACAUGGUAAGCUGUGUGGUUUGCUUGGAGAUGCCGAUGGUAAUGCUGAUAAUGAUUUUAAAAUGAGGAUGCUAGAUGGAACACUGAAAUAUACUGAUGAUAUAAUAUCGUUUGCCGACAGUUGGGUCCUUUCCGGAAGUUGUUAAUUGAAUGAUUGGAUAUCUAAACUAUGUCUGGUUCUAUCUGAAGAUAAUGCAGAGGAUUAAUACAGCUUUUAGUUCAGUAAUCUCUUAAUUGUGAGGUCAAUAUGAUGACAUUUCUUUCUCUAUUUGAAUGGGUAAGCCAGGUUUAUCUUUUCACCACUACACUUUCUUGCCCAAAUUUUUUUUUCUGCAAACAAAUUUGAACAAAUUUGAGUAAAUUUUCAGUUUUAACUCAAAAAAUUGGCUAUUUUUGUUCCAAACCUCAGAAUGAAAGUGCAGACCAUAGAGAGGGCUAUUUUGCGAAUUUGUCAUGGAAAGAGGGAGCAGGGAGCAGGUGGUGAAAAGGAUAUAAUUGUGCAUAUACUGCAUAAUCAUGUAAUAACUCGCAUAAUAAAGAUAGCAUACAUAAAA